AUGAGCGUGCGCAAGGCGCAUAACUCCGGCCGAAACCACCUGAGAAACGUGGUGGACUAUUACCAACAGAUUGGCCAAGAAAAGGCCCAAUCCGUUAUCGACUCCAUCACCUCCUCCUACGCCGCAGAGGGCCAACAAGCCCCCAACAUGAUGGCCCCCGGACAUCCAGGCAUGCCAGGCAUGCCCCCUCCCCCGUUCGGCAUCCCUCCACCAGGCGCCCCCGGUGCCCCAGGCAUGCUACCUCGUAUGUCCUACCUACCUCCAAUCCCACCCCAUCGCAAGAACAAGAACCACAGACGAGGAUCCCAAUUCUACCCAGGACAAUAUCAAGCUAACCAAUAUCCGUUCCACCCAACAGCCCCAGGAGCGCACGGCCUGCCCUUCCCACCGCCCUUCCCUAACGCCGGAACCCCGCCAACAGGCGGCUUCCCUCCUCCCCUCCCCAACAUGCCCCAGGGCGCAAACCUGCCGAUCCCGCCCCCAGGCGGCUUCCCCAACUUCCCCGUCCCCCCACCAGGCGCUGCGGGCUUCCCUCCUAUGCCUAUGCAUGGCCAGCCCGGCAUGGGUCAGCCUGGUAUGGGGUCUGGUGGUCCUUCGCCCAUUCCUACCGGGCCCCGUGGCUUGGAAGGGUAUCCUCCUCCCCCCGGAGGUGGGAAUUCCGGUAGGAUGGAUCAACAGUGGUGA